UAGGGCCCGAAUGGGAGCUCUGCCGUGUGGCCCUCACGAUUGAUUGGAAUCGCAACUUUCUCUGCGCACGCGAGCCGCACCUUAUCCCACAACCAGUUCAUGCCGUCCAGAGCACCGCCCGCAUCGAGACUCUUGCCCUUCCAAUCCAGCCUGCAGCACUCCAACAUGGAGACCAUACAGCUGCCUCACCUGCCCAACCACCCGCUGCACGUGGUCUUGUUCACCGAUGUGCAAAACGCCUCAUUCCUGCGCCAACAGCUGCUCGACGGCAAUACCGAUUUUCAAUAUGCAUUCCUCGAUGCGUCGGUGCUGCUCUCAAGGACUCAUGUGCUCUCGGCGUGCUGGAGAGCCAUCAACGACCAGCUCGAGGGCCGCAUGAAGAGUCACAAUGUGCACUCGGAGAUAGUCUUUGCCAUGUCACCAAACAACAAUAUCGGAGAAUCGUUCCGCAGAUUCGGCGUGCAGGACAGCAGCAGUAACAUCGUUGCCAUCAAAGUGGGCGGCGAAAGGUCCAGCAUUGAGGAGCACCUCGUGCAAAACGUUCAAGGCAAGCCCACGACACUCUCAGAUGAAAGCCUAGCCACCAUGCACGAUCCCGCCAGGAUUCGCAAAAUCUAUCGUCUAGACGCGCUCAAGAAAGGCGAAGCACUGCAGCUGGGGAAGGAAGCAGAAGCUUUCAUCAUUGGCAGUAUGGCGUUGAAAGGCUCAUGAAAGUGUACGCCAAUUUCCCCGCUCGACCAGAAUCGGGCCUUGGAGCUGUCUAAUAAGCCAAUCCAAUAGCCCUCAAGGUCAACAAUUGGCUGGCCGCCCCCAAAGACAACUAGUCCGCCAUUCGUCUGCUCAAUGCCAUAAAUAUCGCCACCUGGCUCAGAACGAUUGUACAGGACACUCGAGGGGUAAAGCCCAUUGAAUAACGACACAGUCUUGGCUUUCUUGAUGCUAAUAUCCAUGCUGCUCAAGAAGGCAUUAUCCAUUCGUAAGAAGGCGACCAGUUGUGCUGAAGGGUCGAGCACAGCGAUGCUGUUCGGUACUCUGUGUAAGUAGGAAUCAGCUCAUGACCACGACACGGAGCGAGUACAGGAAGACAGUACCCGAUGGCCAUAGACUGCUGCACACCAGCCUCAAUCACAGCUCGUGCUUGCGCAGCAUUGAUAUAUCUCCUCUGCGAAGGCACAGUGCCCCAGCCUUGAGUCAAGGUACGGUUGACUGUCUCCUGCGCGGAACCUAGGCCAUGAAGACAUGCUAGUGCACUCAACAAUAAGAAAUUGCGCAUAUCGGCAGAGACGAUGUGAGUCUGGAUGGCCGCAGAAGUCAACGAUGAGGUGAAUGAAGACAACUUCCGGGAGCACGACUGGUUGUAUAUGUCCCGCCGCAUGUCACCACGAGCAAUUCAAGCUCUUCAAACAUGCUGACAAGCACUGAGAUCAGACGCUUCUUGAUCCUCUUUCACAGCAUCCACUCUCGGCCGAGGAAUAAGGCGCUCCUCUACCGCAGACCGUCCCUCGAUCAGCACGCGUCAUGGCCUUGAGCGAAUCGUGCGGGUAGAAGCUUGGUCAGCGCAUGAGUCAGCCUUGGUGUUCCUGUGCAAGGACCGCCAUCCGAAGCAUCGGCACUGGCAGCCAACAUGCUCUACAGUAAAGAAGUGCAGAUGUAGAACGUGGUUGGUAUUUCUGGAUCGAGACAGAAGGACUUCGGCCAAUCAGACAAAUGGUUCGGAUAUUCAGGCGGCUGAGAGCAGAUGUCCACAGUAGUAUGAAACUAUGAGACAACAGUCUUCGCGACCGGUCGUGAUGUCAGUCUUCAUCUAAGAACUUGCCUCAUCUCCC